UCAGCUAGCGGACAGACACAUUAGGACUGAACAACAGCCCAGACCCAUCUAACUAACGCARYSCUGUCAGCUCGCAUKGCAGGGAYAUUAGGGCUGAACGACAGCCCAGACCUAUCUAACUAACUCAGCCCUGUCAGCUAGCGGACAUACACAUUAGGACUGAACAACAGACCAGACCUAUCUAACUAACGCARCCCUGUCAGCUCGCAUUGCAGGGAUAUUAGGACUGAACAGACCAGACCCAUCUAACUAACGCCGCGCAGCGCUGUCAGCUAGCAUGGCCGGGACAGAGACAAAGCCUGAUAAUACCAGACAGUCAGGGGAUACCACGACCUGAACAACAGACACACUUCUAUCAGGAGAAGCCACGACCUGAACAACAGACAUUAGGACAUCUUCUAAACCACACAUGGGACUGUAAAUACUUGAUCCGGUCCAGACGAAACAGAACUCUGAAUCAGAAUGAAGCUCAUCAAACACAUUCCACUACUACAGAUCCUGUUCCUGUCACAGCUUGGGGCGAGUGUCGGACUGCAGAGAGCUCCUCGCAUCACCACCCUGCUGGAGACCUUGGACAUCCUGUUGGAUCACAACGCCACGUUCAUCUGUGAAGUUGACUCCCGACCGCCAGCGGAUGUCACGUGGACACGGAACAACCACCCAAUCCCAUACUAUGACUCCCGCUACACGACCAGGGAGAAUGGCCAGAUGCUAUUGAUCCCCAACGUCAGAGAGUCUGAUAACGGGGAGUACUGCUGUGUUGCUAACAACGGCAUCGGAGAGCCGGCCAAGAGCUGCGGAGCCCUGCAGCUCAAAAUGAAGCCGCAGAUAAAAAGACACCCCACCAACGUGACGCUACUGAUUGAGUCCAAGGCCGUGUUGCCCUGUGUGACGCUAGGAAACCCCAAACCAGACAUCUCCUGGAUCAAAGAUGAUGCUCUUAUGACGGUGAGUGAUCGGAUCACGAUUCUGGAUUAUGGCGCUCUGAAGAUCCAUAACAUCAAGAAGGAAGACGCUGGGCAGUACCGCUGUGUGGCCAAGAACAGCUUCGGGAUCGCCUUCUCCAAACCAGUCACCAUAGAAGUACAGGCCCCAGCCCGGAUCCUCAGGGUCCCCAAGGAUAAGAGAGUGACCUUUGGUAGCGAGGUCUCUCUGGAGUGUAACGCCACUGGAAACCCUAUCCCCGCCAUCACAUGGUUGGAGAACGGGAAUACCGUUCCCGGUGGCUCUGUGGAGGAGACGUUAGUAGGAGAAGUGAUUCUGUCUGUACUACACAUCACGGUGACUAAACCUGCCCGCUACACCUGUCUGCCUCCAACAGACACGCGCUGGGCACAGUCCGCCAAAUCUUCAGCCGGAGUCACUGUUAGUACGUGGUAACUGUAUAAAGGCAGUGCGGGUUAUUGUGGUGCGUACCGUGGUAACGUGUGUCGGGACAUGUUAAGGAGCGAUGCCCUGGUCUUCUUUAACUCCUCCCUCAACGACCCCGAGGACACACAGGAGUUCAUGGCUCAGAGCGCCUGGGCCGAUCUGGACAGACUGGGCAUGCUCUGUAGCCCUGCCGCCCACUCCCUGCUCUGUCAUCUCUCCUUCCAGGACUGCAUCCCCUCUGGCCUGGGACCUGUCCCUAAACCAAUCUGCAGGGAGCACUGUCUGGCAGUGAAGGAGCUCUACUGUCAUAAGGAGUGGCCCCUGAUGGUAGGGAACUCCCAUAAAGGCCUGUACUCCUCUGGCUCCUCCGGCCCCUCCGGCCUCUCUAUCCCCCUGCCUGACUGUAUGGCUCUGCCCUCACAACACACAACACCAGGAUCCUGCACACCCAUCCCCUUUGUCGAUAUAAAGAAAGAUCAAGUCACAACAACGUGUUACAAUGACAAAGGAAGGUUCUACCAAGGACCAGUCAACAUCACCAGCUCCGGUAUCCCCUGUCAGAGAUGGAGCCAACAGGGUCCCCACCUGCACCGUCUCAGUGUGGAUGUAUUAUCAGAGCUGAGGAACGCACAGAGCUCGUGCCGGAACCCCGGAGGAGAGAAUGAGAAGCCCUGGUGUUAUACAACCAACCCCAACAUCCGCUGGGAAUACUGCAACAUUCCCAAAUGUGGAGAAGUUAUCGUUCCCUCGCCAGAAUCCCCCCUCCUCCCUCCUUCCGUCUCUCCGGCCUACUCUAUGAUCAUCAUCAUCUGUCUACUAGCAGCCUUCGCCAUAGCCUUCCUCACCAUCAUCAUCAUCAUGUGCAAGAGGAGGAGGAAGACAUGGAAGAACCACAAGACGUACGCUGGUGUCAGCCAAUAUAGUAGAAGACGUACGCUGGGUUCAGCCAAUAUAGUAGAAACGUACGUGGGCAGCCAACUUAGUAGAAACGUGCUGGUGUCAGCCAAUAUAGUAGAGAAC